ACUUGACUUACUGAGAGAGUACGUACGUACGUAUUUGUACUUCUUCCCAAAAUGAUCGCUUUGGGGGUUUCACAAAUUCCGGACUCGGAGGAGCUGUUGGAUUCCGCCGUCCAACAAUUGCCGACUUACCAUCAAUUAUGGCGGGGAAGAGCAGGCACCACUACGGGAGGAUUGCGCCGCUGCGGAAAGCGGCGUUUCUUUGUGCGCUUCUAAUGGUAUCGUUCCUGAUUGCGAUCUUUUUAUCUUUCGGAAUUUUCUCCUUUUCCAGCGGCAAUUCCAAGGAUUCUCCCGAGGUCCACGAUAUCAAUUCCAUCGCUCGCAAUUUAAUUCGAUCAGGUGAUGGAGAUGGGGAAAGUAGUGAUAAGUGGGUUGAAAUUGUUUCAUGGGAGCCUAGAGCCUCCGUUUUCCAUAAUUUCUUGUCAAAAGAGGAGUGUGAAUAUCUUAUCAGUGUUGCAGCGCCACAUAUGGAAAAGUCGACUGUUGUUGAUUCUGACACUGGGAAAAGUGUAGAUAGCAGAGUGCGUACAAGUUUUGGAACAUUUCUUGAUAGAGGUCGUGAUGCAAUCGUGCAGAAAAUUGAGAAAAGAAUUGCGGAUUUUACCUUUCUCCCUGUUGAGCAUGGUGAAGGUCUUCAAGUUCUCCACUAUGAAGUAGGCCAAAAGUACGAGCCACACUACGAUUAUUUUUCAGAUGAAUUCAAUACCCAGAAUGGGGGCCAGCGCAUUGCUACUGUUCUCAUGUACUUGUCAGAUGUUGAAGAAGGGGGAGAAACUGUAUUUCCAGCUGCCAAAGGGAACUUUAGUUCUGUGCCCUGGUGGAAUGAGCUCUCAGAAUGUGGAAAAAGAGGGCUUUCAAUUAAACCCAAAAGAGGUGAUGCACUGCUUUUCUGGAGCAUGAACCCAGAUGCAUCGUUGGAUCCAUCGAGCUUGCACGGUGGCUGCCCUGUCAUAAAGGGGAAUAAAUGGUCUUCCACAAAAUGGCUGCGUGUACACGAGUACAAGUGGACUAUCGUGGGUAAGGAUUUCGCACCAAUAUCGUUUCUCGUCAAAGCUAACCUCCCAUUCAGGGAUGCCAUCUCAGGAACUGAACAGGUAUAUUGUAAAGUUAUUGCAACAAUCGGGAAAGUAUUUAAUGACAUUACUAUGGAGUCUGAGGAAUUUUUAAUAUGUAGAAAUUUUGAAAAAGCUGAUAAUAAUACAGAUUACUGGUUCACACGCUUGGUUGGAAUGUAGCUGAGGCCCUUCUAAUAUAUUGAAGUAAAAUGAAUACGAAUGUGCAUGUGUGUAAUAUGAGAGAAUUAUGUGUUGAAUCUGGUUAAAAAUAUUGUUGUUGAAUCAACUAAUAACGUUAUUUAUUUAACAGUCGUAAAAGAAAUAGGUUGAAUGGUACAAAAUAUCAGCACAAUGUCGAGCUAUUGAACAAUGAACUAUGAUGUAGAUAUAUUGAGUUUAAACCAUAGAUGUAUCAUUUUAUGAUGCUUAUAUAUGGAUCUAGAGAGAAUUCACUGAUAUUUAAUUUUGAAUUGUUCAAUGUUUCUACUGGAAGGUGGGAAAAAUGAAUCAGCACAAUCCUCAUCUUCAAUAUAUAUGUGUGUAUAUAUACAAGAGUAGUGUCGAGUAACAGAUACAGUUUUAACAGCAAAAACUAACUAGAGACGUCAAAGUUACUUUAUCUUGCUCCCUCGAUCAUCUUCCACUGAUCUUCCAUCCCUGUUGGAUCUUUCUACAAAAGGAAAUGCUUACUGGAAAUAACAGAUUCCAUUCCCCGGGAUACCUAUAUUGCAUCUGCAUUGCCUACCAAGAUAAGCUACUAAUAAUGUAGAUGCAGAGCAGGGCACAAAAACUGUGGACAAUAUCGAAAUUUUUUAUCUUGAUUCAGUAAGCUUUUCAGGUUGAAAUCCAGAUAUUGCAGCUAG